UCUUCCUGGAUACCGGGCGCCGCGGCAGCCGCUAGAGCGAGAAGGGGUCCCGCGGUGCGAGGGCUGCGGAGCGCGGGCGCGACCUGGCGAGCACCGGGGGCACGCGCGACGCCUCUGCUCCCCACGCACCCGCGCGCCCCCAGCCCGGCCCCGCGCCCCGGCGCUGUUCGCGCCGCGCGUCCUGGGCCUACCCCGAACCCCGCCCGCGCGCGGCCUCCCGCCUUGGAGUCGGCUCCGCGCGCAUCCCACGUCCAGCGCCGAGGGCUUUGCUGGGUGUUCACCGUGUCCCACGCCAGGCAGCCGCGUCCCCAGCUGCCGUCCUCGGCCGGGACGCUCUACCGAGCACCCCAGGGCGGUGCGGGGUCCCAGCAGGGAGACGAGCCGCCCCCUCGCCCCGGGGACCCCGUUGGCUCGCGCUGGGGUCCAUCCCCAGGCGCAGAGGAGGAAGCCCUCGAGCGUCCCCGGGCCAUGGAGGAUUUCCGGCGCUCCUACAGCCGGCUGUGCCGGGAGAGCGGGGCCGAGCCCCAGGAGGCCGUCCUGCAGCGCCUGCUCGAGCAGCGGAGGGGCCGGCUGGACCUGGCCGCGCAGAGCCUGACGGUGGACUCUUGCGGGGCCCUGGGCAGGCUGCUGCGCACCGAGGCGCUGUUCACCGAGCUGGUGCUGAGCGACUGCAUGCUGAGCUCCGAGGGGGUCAAGCUGGUGAUCCAGGGGCUGUGCUCCAACACUGCUGUGCGGCUCCUGGAUUUAAAGGGAAAUAACCUUCAAGCUGCAGGGGCUGAGGCUCUGGGGAAACUCCUCCGGCAAAACAAGUCCCUUCGGAGCCUCACCCUGGAGUGGAACAGCCUGGGCGCAUGGGAGGACGCCUUCGCCGCCUUCUGCGCAGGCCUCGGGGCCAACACCGCCCUGCUGCAGCUGGAUCUGCGCAGCAACCAGAUCAGCCACAAAGGGGCAGAGGAGCUGGCCCUGGCGCUGAGGGGCAACACCAGCCUCCAGCAGCUGGACCUACGCUGGAACAACGUCGGCCUCCUGGGGGGCCGGGCCCUGGUGCAGGGUCUCCCUGGCAACAAGACCCUCUGUGGCCUGGAGCUGGCCGGGAACAAUGUCCCUGGAGACAUCCUCCGAGCCGUGGAGCAAGCCGUGGUCCAUAACCAGGACCGGCAGGGCACCUUCCGGGAGAGCCAGGCCCGCGCCCACGUGCUCAGCAAGGAGAUCCAGAACCUGCGGCAGGAGAAGUCCAGACAGUUUCUGGACUUGAUGGAGACGAUUGACAAGCAGCGCGAGGAGAUGGCCCGGAGCAACAGGACGGCGACGGCGCGCGUCUGCCAGCUCCAAGAGGCGCUGGGCGAGAGGCACUCAGUCAUCAACGCCCUCCAGGCCAAGCUGCAGAUGACUGAGGCGGCCCUGGCCCUGUCGGAGCAGAAGGCCCAGGACCUGGGCGAGCUCCUGGCUGCCGCUGAGCAGGAGCAGCAGAGCGUGACGCAGAAGCAGUCGAAGGAGCGGAGGCUGGAGCAGCAGGAAGCUGCAGAGCGUGAGUCCAAGCUCCUCAGAGAUUUGUCUUCUGCCAAAGAAAACAACCUGCUUCUGCGAAACCAGGUGGACGAGCUGGAGCGGAAGGUGAGGGCCCAGCAGGAGCAGCUGUUCCUGACCAGGCAGGAGCUCACCAACAUGUCGGCCGAGCUGAAGCUGCGGGCGGUCCAGGCCGAGGAACGGCUGGAAAUGGAGAAGAGGAGGUUCAAGCAGAGCCUGGAGGACGCGGAGCAGCUGCGCUGCAGAGAGGUGGAGCAUAUGGCCCGCCACGUGGAGGAGAGCGAGCGGGCCAUGCAAGAGCGAGUGCAGAGGCUGGAGGCCGUGCGGCUGUCCCUGGAGGAGGAGCUGAGCCGCCUGAAGGCCGCCGCCCUCAGCGAACGCGGCCAGGCCGAGGAGGAGCUCCUCAAGGCCAAGAACCAGGCCCGCCUGGAGGAGCAACAGCGCCUGGCGCACCUGGAGGAGAAGCUGCGGCUGCUGGCUCAGGCACGGGAUGAGGCCCAGGGCGCCUGCCUCCAGCAGAAGCAGACAAUGGCCGAGACGCAGGCACGGGCUGGCCAGCUGGGCUUGCAGGUGGAAGGGCUGCGGCGGCGGCUGGAGGAGCUGCAGCAGGAGCUGAGCAGCAAGGAGGAGGAAAAGGUGGCCGAGGUGGCCCGGGCACGGGUGGAGCUGCAGGAGCAGGUCGGGCGUCUGCAGGCAGAGCUGGCGGCCCAGGACGGGUUACGGGAAAAGGUGGCCGCCCUGGAGCGGCAGCUGAAAGUGAUCGCCAGCAACCACCGGGAGGCGCUGCUGGACAGAGAGAGCGAGAACGCGUCCCUCCGCGAGAAGCUGCGGCUCAAGGAGGCCGAGGUGGCCCGUGUCCGGGAAGAGGAGGCCCAGAGGGCCAGCUGCUUGCAAAAUGCCGUCCUGGCCUAUGUGCAGGGGUCCCCUCUGAGGGCCCUGAGCCCCCAUAAGUGAGGGGAGGCCCAGGAGAGACAGGAGCACCGCGCCUGAGAUGAACUGAGGGCCAGGGCAGCCUGCGCCCCCUCCCUGUCCCUCGCUCCCGGGAGCAGGCUGUCAGUGUCCACCCCUGCGUAAGCAGCGCCCAAGGCCAUGGGGACAGGCCCCCAGGCCUCAGCGAUCUGGGCCCUGGGGCUGUGCUGGGGACGCGCCUGAAGUUCCCGGGGUGCAGAGCCCUGGAGGGUGGGAGGCCAUGGAUCGGUGCCUCCGAGGAUGACCAGGAAAUUCGGGGCAGGCCUGGGCUCUGCUCGCUCUGCUGCUCGCGUGCCUUUUGUACUCCUCUCCUACCCUGUCACCCAGGCCACCCUCUUGAAUACAGAAGCUUUGUGGUAACUGCCA